UUAUCUUGAAAAAGAUUCAGAGAAAUUUUCUAUUUAAAAUUCUUGUCAUUUGUUGAAAUGAAAAUGAUGUUCCCUGGAAUGCCCAUAAGUGGGCCUCCUGUCUGCGAUGAUAAUUCAAGACUACCAACUGAAUAUAACAGAUCUUUACAGACCAAUUGCAUUCCGACAUCUAUGCCUGCAAUUCGAAAUCCAAUCCCUAAACCACGAGAAAGUAUGCAUACGCUCGGAAAUCCUGACAUACGAUCUAGUUUAACUAGUGUUUCCCUCAGAGCAAUGGCAGCGCCGUAUAUGUCACCUUUCCCAAAUAUACCUCUUCCUACCGGAUCCUCUUCUAGUACGGCAUCCUUACCAUCAACAGUUCUUCAGUAUCCAACUGCAUUGUAUCCAUUUCAAAAUACGGCAUCAAACGAACUAAAGCAACUGACACUUGCACAAUAUCACAACUUCACAACUCCGCCUGGCUUUCCAACUGAUUUGUCUAAAGUGAAAUCUCCGUUUAUUAAUAGAAAUUAUUUAGAGUUGGCUAUGUUGGUAUGCAAUACAUUUCGUGGAAAGUUGUUCCCGUGUCCACAUUGUCGAUACGUCACAGACCGAAGAAACAAUUUGAAGAGACAUAUAUCAACUAUGCAUCAGGCUUGUGAAAAAGUUUUAGAAUGCUGUGGUGUCAACUUUACGACAAAAGCUUCGUUAAGAGAACAUAUAAUGAUCUUCCAUCACAAUGGAUAUUCAUGUGCGUUUUGCGGACGACGUUUUUGUCGAAAGGCGUUGUUGAAAAGGCAUUUGUCUGUACACAGUGGUCAAAAAGACUACUCUUGUCCACACUGUGACUAUGCGACAAGUCACAAAAGUAAUUUAGAAAGACACAAACGCAUACAUGAACGUCUACGAGGCGAUGACGAGGAUGGUGAAAAUAGUCAAUCUUAUAUUGAUGUUGAGCACAUUAAUGACAAUUUAUCAGAAUCGGAAGACAAUGAUAUCAACCGAAAGACCCCUGAACCACUUUCCCUCACAAAAGAUGAUAUCAUUGAUGAACAUUCGACUCGAGGAUCCCAAGUUGAUUUCCAUCAGAGUGUUACAACUAACAUUCGGGAAGAUAUUAUUGAUGUAAACAUUUAA